AUGCGUACUCAUUUUCUUGUUUUCCUUCUUUCUAUCUAUGGAACAAACGGUCAUGGUCAACAUGGUAGUAAUAGCCAAACUUCUGUCGGUGGACAACCACAUAUAUCUCGAAAAAUGGAAGAUCAUGUGGAUGAUAUAAAUCAUAUUCGAAAAGAUCUUCAAGGUCAAAUAAAUAAACCAACAGAACACUUGACUGCAGAAGAAAAAAAAUUUUAUUAUUUUAAAUUACAUGAUACAAACAAUGAUAAUCGUCUAGAUGGUUUAGAAGUUAUGGCUGCAUUCAAGCAUGAACAUCAAGAUGAAGAACUUUAUGAUUCUAAUAUAGAUGAACAUAACAAUAUAAAACCUGAAAGUGUCAGUGAUGAAGAACUUAUUAAUAUUAUUGAUGAUAUAUUGAAAGAAGAAGAUCUUGAUAAUGAUGGAUAUAUUAGUUAUGAAGAAUUUAAACAUGCAUUAGAAAGUGAUGAUACAUCAACAGAAGAAUAA